UGCUGUAAAUUAAAAAUAUCGGUCGGAGCGUCACGUAACAUUGCGUGAUUUUCGAAACGUGACAUGCAGUUGCUGCAUUAUUUUAAAACUUAGACACUACGUGGCCCCGUAUUUAUUUAAGAGGGCUUCAUUUACAAGCAUUGUAAUGUCCAACUUAAGAAGAGCUUAAUAGAAAGUACUUUUGAUUUUAUCUCAGUUUAAAAAUUAUUUAGCCAAAACGAAAAAGACAUUAAUAAUAUCAUAUAAAAUUUAAAAAAAAUGGACUAAGCAUUUAAAUCAGUGUACCAAUUUAAUGCAGUAUACAUUUACAACAAGAAGUCGAUUUUUGUCCAUAAACUUAUCUAAUCCCUAGAUUUGUUUUUUCCUGUAAAGAAAAAUUACUCUGAACUUGCCUGCCAAUAUGGAGUGAUGCAGCAAACAAAGUUGGGGAACAUAGUUGUGAAAGAGUUCUUAGAAACCAACAAUGUACAACUCUCCAGAUUGAAACAGUUUCGGGAAAAAACUCCUGCUGCUAGACGGAGGCAGAACCGAACGCAGGGUGGAGAGAUAUCAGUGCCACUACCACGCACAAAUGAUCAAAUAAGGGAAACAUUAAGGUGUAAAAGUGAAAGUGGAGAGUAUAUUCUUGGGGAAAUGAUUGUACCCGAAACAUACAAGAAAGUUGUCCUUGAUAAAGAUGUGACUAUCAAGACAGAACUGUUCACAGUAUCAGGUCGAAAAAUACCGCUGUCAGACAUCCGAGACAAAACACUCAAGCAACAUGAAAAGUUAGGACUCAUGCAUGCCCGAACCGAUGAAGAUUAUGCUGCUAUGACCAAAGAACAAGUUAAAAAAAGGAUUGCACAACUAAAUGAACAUACUAGUUGCCUUAAUACUGCAACUUUGGAUGACUUGAAAAACUAUUUGGAACAUGUUGAGAGGACAAGACAUCUUAUGGUCUGGGCAGACAACUCAACCCUUUUAAACCAUGGCUAUCUGUUAUUGACUGUGAAUGCUGUGUUUGACAAGGCACUUUACUUCACAAAUAAAGAAAUGGAAGACCAAGGAAAAGGAAAUGUUGAUGUACAGUCGCUUGUAGAAUGGCCACAAGUUUACAUCCUGGCAAGAUGUGGGUCAGCAGAAGCUGAACAAAUAGCAUAUAUAAAUACCAGAAAGGCAUGUUUGCAAGGCCUGAAAAACAAUGUGGUGACAUCAAAUGGAGUUCAAAUCACAGAUGUCACGAGACGUUUUCACAGUGAUGGCCCACAGCAGGAAUUUGAGAGUGGUGAACAGAAGGGUGGAAAUGCUGGUUGUUCGGGCUGCAGUGGUGAUGCUAAAAAGUACAAGUAUUUAUCUGUUUCACUUUCUAAACCCUUGUUAUCACUAACAGAUCGUUUAAGGAAAGUUAUUCAAGGGCCUGCAGGCAGAAAGAAGAGAAAUGGGGGACUCAAACCCUUCAAAAAUCUACACUUGGAAGAGUUAAGAGAGGAAUGCCAAGCAAUGGGGCUACCUACAGAUGGCAAGAAGAAGGAUCUUGAAGAGACCUUGAAAGAGGAAAUGGGGGGAAUUCAAAGGGUGCCAGCAAUGAUGUUCUUUGAUCAGGAAAGGACACUGGAAGAAAUCAAUUUGGGUAUUAAUUUGAGUUUGUGCUACAUAAAAGAAAUGCUAACACAGUGACUAAAAGAAUGAAAUUUGGAGAAAAUCGCUUGGUCUGUUUCACUGCAUUUAGUGAUGUUUAAUUACAUGUAGCAUUAAUAUUUAAAUGAUAAGAUCUAGGAAAUCAAUAUUUUUGUUAGUAAA